AUGGUCCGAACCAUACGUGAACCCAAUCCCACAACACCGCAUCUACUGCGAGUAUCAACAUCAACAGCUACCAGCUCAAGGACAUCUUCAGGUGGUAGUCCCUCUCAGCCUGUGUUCGUCAAGAGCAAAACAACUUACCUCGCUUCGUCACCAAAGAGAAAUGGAUCAGCAGCGAAGAAGAGAGCUGUGCUAGGUGAAAGGGAAGAGAACAUCAUGUCACCGUCCCAGCCUAGUCCAAUGAAGUCAAAGCCAAAACCCAAGCCCAGAUCAUCUUCGACACCUCGACCUAGCAAUGAUCUUUCAGGACUAUCUCGAUUCGUUGCCCAGUCACCAGCAAACAAGCUGCCAAUACCUACUCGAAAUGAUAUUCCAUCUUCAUCGCCUAUCGGGCAAUCACCCAAUCUUAUCCUCACGUCGAGACCCGGCUCUACCCCAUACGUACCUCGUCGAUCUAUGCCUAUGCAGGUCACCGAAGAUGAUACGUUAUUGUUGAACAUGCAACCGCCAGAGAUGAAUUUCUCUUCUCCUGGAUUUGACCCGAAUGAUGAUAGUGAUGUGGAAGAUGCCAGAGGUGGUAUCUUAGGAGGGAGAGGCUUGAUGACUCCUGCAAACAGUCAGGAAGUCUCGGUUGGCUCACCAAGCAGAUCUCAACCCAUCAAACAUACAAUAGUGACAAACAGCGUCAAUCGCAAUGUCAUAUCCCGUCUACCUACCCCACCCUCUUCUCAAUCUGGAUCAAUUCCCAACGCUCUCCCUCCAACCCCGGAGGCAGGACCGUCUCGAGUAUCUCGUAUUCGAGCUAGACCAUCACCCACUCCUCCCCGACGAAUUAGAUCAGAAGUCCUGGGUUUAGGAGAUAUAACGACGGAAUGGGACGCUCCCCUGAAAUCAGCUGAAGAUGUCUCGCCAAACCCUAGACGAAAGAAAUCACCUAGGCUUUCUCAAUCUGGUCAGACUCCCACUCAGAAUCAGUCGGUACCAGUACAGUCAGACGGAACAGAAGUCGUUAUACCACUUGGAGCUAAGAGUAAUACCCCUGGUGCAUCUACAUCCAAAUCAAAUACGCCAGCAACAGUCAGACCGAAAAGUAAAGGGAUAGUCAGAUCCAGAACGCCAAAUCUGUCAUCUUCCCAAUCCCAAUCGUCUCGUAGAUCAGGUGGAGGGAGUAGACAAUCCAGUGGAGGGUCGACUAAAUUAACCACUACUCCUGCUGCUUCUCGUUUAACGAAUACGAAGCAAGUACCAUCGACUGCCCCAGUCGGACGAAGGAAACCUGCUUCGCCCAGAACGCGCACCACUCCGCCUUCUCGAAAUGAUAGACGAGCGUCUGUCCCAGCCAAUAGCAAUACAACAACUCCUAAACCCCGAGGCAGGCGAUCUGUAGCUCAGACACCGAAGGAUGUAGCAUUGAGUGGUAGGAGGAUAGGAACCUUAUCUAGACCCAUCCAUGGUAGUCCAGGUGAUGAUCCGUUAUUACUCAAGAGUGAAGAAGGUGAUGAUGAUUAUACUGAACAUAGUAUAAGAGAUGGAAAUGGAUUUUCAUUAUCUCUCAACAAUGGGAAUGAAACCGAUGGACAGGUACCUGUCUCAUCACCAUUUACUUUCCAUCAGAAUGAAGAUCAUACGUUACUUCCUACGGGGUCAUCGAACGAGGGAUAUCUAGAUUUCGGUACGGGCAUGGGUGGUGCAUGGUCGGACGAUGGAUCAGAUGCGGAGAUGGAUGGUAUAGGUGAAGAUACGUUUAUACAUAUGAAAGCCAGGAAAGAUACUUCAGGAGAAUUGUUAGGAUCUUUAGGAAGAUUAGGUGAAUCUAUUUUGGAGGAGGAGGAGGAGGUUGAUAAGACUAUUGAAAGUCACAGUAGAAAUGUAAGGUCUUAUACUCCAAUCUUACCUUCAAGGUAUAAGGAACAACAGCAAUCGGUAGAAGAACCUAUCUCAUCACCUGUCAUUAGAUCAAGGUCAAGUCCUGCGCAACAAGCAGCAGACAUCAACGAGGAUAGCAACCUGAUCGAGGAAGUAGGCGAUGUGACUCAAGAAAUGAAUGGUGAUAAUUGGGAUAUUUCAGCAGAGCAGAUCGAACCUACAGAUGACAAUGAUACAAUCACUGUCCGAUCUCAGUCUAUCGAUGAGAGAUCGUCUUCACCCGUCGUCAAUGCUGCUGAAGAUGUGGGAGAUACAACGCAAGAGAUGGACGGUGGUGAUUGGGAUAACACAGAAAAGGGUAUCGAGAUUCCUCAGGAAACUGAAGGUUCGUCCUCUUCCCAUACAGAAGAACUCGUUUCGCCUACGUCUCACGAGGGGACUGCUAUGGUCGAUGAUAAUCAUAAUACAAAUCAGCAAUCGGAGGACGGUUUUGCUCAUAUCGAAGAGCACGCAAUACGGAAAGAGCAGGAUCUGGAUCAAGAUCAAGUCGUUCAAUCUACCUCAACCGAUAAACCUUCUUCUGCCGAUGAGGAUGAAGAAGAAGAAGGCGAUGUGACUCAAGAUGCGUGUGGCGAUGCUUGGGAGGUAUCAGAAAACGACAUCUCAGCGCCUGACCCCGAGUCGAAACCAUCGCCAGUACAAAGUACAUUUCCUGUAUCUCCUGUCCAUGAAGAGUCCGCAGACGUCGAAGCUCCUCAUCAACAACCAUGCAUCUCGGAUGAAACCUUGAAUGACGAGAUACCAUCUCGGACUUCUUCAUCUGAUCAUGUUCCUUCGCUAGGUGAAAGUGAGGAAUUUGGGGACGUUACCCAGGAUAUGGACUCGCUGGAUUGGGAAAUUUCAGAGGAGGAUAUGCAAACUUCUCAACUUGAUAAUCAGGAACGAACUCGCUCUCGAACUCGCGCUCGAUCGUUGUCACCUCUGUUUGAGAGGCGUGUACAAGAAGGAACUAGUGAGAUCGCUCAAGGAGAACUGACUGUCGAGACACCCUUGGCUCGUCAAGAAGAGGGAGUAGAUCAAGAGGAAGAGUUUCUUGAGGCAGAUGCGCGAGCGCAUCAUUUCAUCGAGCCAUUAGAGGAGGAGAUGACAUUGGACCAGGAGGCGAUAAAGGAGGUUGAGCAGGACGUUCAAGGUAUUUCAAGAAGUCAAGCCGAACGGAAUGCUAUCAGCGCUGAUCAAACCUACCUUGUAGAUGCAGUGUUUGUCGCGUCUGCGAACGCGGAAGGAAACGUAAAAGAUGAUCAAGAGUCGAAACAUAUUGACAUGGAAAUAUCCAGGUCGAAAGAUACACCUCAAUCACCCUUACUUCCUGCCAUACAGAUUCCUACCGAAGUGACUCAACCUGCGGAAACCAUCAAAAUCCUUCGAAUGUCUACGCCGUCCCCCUCUCCUGCUCCUGUACUCAGGUCAACUACACCUGUUCAUUCGCCUCCUCCGACAACGAAUUACGAACCACCCUGUCUACGAUCACCUCCACCUACCAGAUCACCUUUCGUGCUCAUUCACCAUCGAGGUGAUCUAAUUUUCACACCCCGACCUGAAUUCUCCUACUCCAACUAUCGAUCACCAUCACCCUUACCUCCUCCCACGCCUGUAUUCUCAGCCGAGGAAAGAGGUCAUGCAAUCUUGGAAGAGGCUGAAAGAGCUUUGAGAAGGUUAUCGAAAUUGAGGAGUCUGUCACCUUUUCCUGCAGCCACCAAACAUGAGGAUCGAGAUGUCCCUUAUAGCUCAGAGACGAUAGAGAAGGCACGAACCGAUGCACCAGCAGAAGUACUUCACCGAAACAUAUCGGUGCCAGCGCAGACAGUCUCAAAAGAUGUCGACGGAGAACCUCAUAACGUUGCUGAGGAUGUCGCUGCUCCUAACGCGAAUCGUGGCGAACUCCAAGAUAGCUUACAAGAAGAAGAGGUUGAUGAAGAAGAAGACCCGGCAGCAGGAGAUGUCACCGCGGAAGCGGAUAAUUCGGCAUGGAAUCUUUCGGCUGAAGAAUAUGAAGUACCUCUCAAGGAUGAUUCUGAAGGGGAAACAGAGGAGGAGAACCGGGAGAAAGAACAAGAACGAGCGGAGGAGGCGGAAGACGAAGAUAAUUCAUUGAUGCAGGAAAAUGCUCAACAGUCCGAAGAAGCUUCACCUGAACCUGUCGAGAUACCGGAAAGGAUCGUCCUUCGUUUGGUGGAACGUGGGAUGAUCAAGUUAGAACCUGAAUCCGACUCCGAAGAUGUCGUACAAGAUGUACCAUUCGAGUCUGAUAUCCCUCCUGUUGUAAGGCAGAGUGCACCUUCUGCCUCACGUGAACGAUUGUUUACACCAUCACGAGGACCAAGUGAAAUCAGGGCAAGAUCAAUCACCCGGUCACCUAUUGCUGGACCUUCAACUCCAUCAGUCUAUCCUGUUCUCCCGACAACUCAGCUCAACGUUGAAUCUUCCACCCCCAAGACCGCUCCUCCCCCUUCGGUCUUCCAAUCUGCCAGCUCCACUACUCAAGCUGAGGGCGUCACUUCGCUCGAACGUAUGCUCUCAGAACGAGUCGGCACAUCAAAGCUCGCUCAACAGAUUGUACCUUCCUCGCCAACCACAGAAGAAACAUCGUCUCCCGUUCAGCAGCGACAGUUUUCUUCCCCAAAUCAGGCGAACCGAGAAGAAGGUGAAGAAUCCGUAGUGAUCCGUAAACCGCGUCGAUCGUUACAUGACGAACUCGCAGCUGUUUCUGCCUCCGUAGCGGACAAUGAUCAUUUCGAUGGAGAAGGAGAUGAUUCCUUCAAAUCGGUAGUUGAAGUGUCUAGCUUGGAUCCGAAAGCGGCUGCUAGAGCUGCAGCGCUAUUGAAACUUAAUCACGCAUAUAUCGAACAUGGUAUCUUACCGAAAUCCAAAGAACAGGAUCUUGCAAGUUCUACCAAAUCAACCUCACAUAGCGAACGAGAAAAGAGGGAUUUACUGAAUGAAGCUGAAUUGGAAAUUGUUGAGUCUCAUCGAAGAUCCCGAUCUAGAUCUAGAUCGAUGAGCGUGAUGAGGCCUGAAAGGGAGAUGUCAGUGAUGAGCUUUAUGACUGAAGAUUAUCCUGUGCCAGGAGCAUUCGUGAAGACGCCUAGACUUGAUACUAGAAAAGUUAUUUCGCCAAUGAAGGGGAAAAGAGACCUUGUAUCUGUUCAUGAAACGACUGAGAAGGAGGAUGAUGCCCAAGAAAAGGAAGAAAGAUGGGGAGUGAAAGAAUGGAAGAGGUUGGAGAAGGUGUACAGGGCAGAGAAGGAGACAUGGAUCAAAGAAAGAGAAAUCAAGAAACUGCCGAUUACUGGAUCUCCGACAGCUUCGCCGAUACCUUCUAUACCCGGUGGGCUUGUGGCUUGGGCUAGGAGAAGUACGUUUGGUACGCCCAAGGUAGUACAAGUAAAAGAAUGGGAUAUUGAAAGUGUCGUGAAGAGAUUUUUGGACGAUGAGAGGAAAGAUGGAAGAAAUUGGGAUAGAGGGAUGCUGGUAUUGAGAGUACAAGCUAUCGAAAGGAGAAUAUUGAAACUUGCUUCUUCGACUGCAUCCACAUCUACUUCCACGGAUCUGCAAACUCCAGCUCUCAAGAGGAUGCGACCAAAUGUCCCUACUUUGCCUCAAACUCCGAUGAUGAUCAAGUCAACGAAAGACGCUGUCGAACCGCCUUCAACCAUUAAGAGGAUGUUGGGUUUUGUUUGGGGUAAAUCAAAAGCUGAGAAUACAUCGGUCCCAACAUCCAAUAAAUCAAAAGUCUCUUCUUCCGCUUUCGCUACAACGUCUUCGAUCAAUAAGGAUAAAGAGAAAGAAAAGGAUGUACUGCCCACUACUCAAAUGAGGGAGAUUAGACCUGCCCAUCCAACUUCAUCCAGAUGGACACCUGUUGCUCCUCCACCUCCACCACCUAGGUCGACUACUGCUUCAACGUCAAAGACUAUUCCCACCAAUGUCUCUAAAAAUACUCCAGCUCCCUCGAAACCAAUGUCGAUACCGUCAUCUGCUUUGAAGAACGUAUCAACCACAUCAUCCAGUAUAACCCACUCUAGGUCUCUCCCAUCUUUAUCCAUCACCUCAUCAUCAUCCUUUCCAGGCAGUACAAGACUUUACCCGCCUUUGAACCCACCGAUAUCUCAGCGAUCCGAUGCUAUCGCCAGAUUAUUCCCUGACCACACUCCACCCUCGGGAAAGAUGACUGCGUCCAUCUCUGAGAAGAACCUGAAAGAAUUGGGCCAGAUACAGAAGAAACGAAGUGGGAGUGUCAAGAGUCUGGUGGAGAGCUGGGAAGGUAAGGGGAUUAUGGGUGCGUCCAUAAAGGGGAAGGAGAAGGAGAUAUAA